AUGGGGGCUACGUAUAAGCAGGCGCGCGCCGUCGGCCUGGCAUUGCUCUGUCUGGCUGCCACCACCGAAGCCCACGAACACCACAUGGACGACAUCCCUGACGGGCAGUAUGCCUCGUCCGAUCCCAUGGACGCGAUUUUAUGGAUACAUAUCCUUCUUCAAACCCUCGCCUGGGGCGUGUUGUAUCCAACGGGCAUGGUCUUGGGCAUAACUCGCUCAAGAUGGCAUGUGCCAAUCCAAUCAGUCGCGACCAUUAUGGCCAUUAUCGGAUACAUGCUCGGGCAUAAACAUAAAGGCCGCCAGUUUGCUCCAGGUGUGCAUGGCAGCUUCGCCCCGUGGUUGAUGUGGAUGGUCUUCUCGCAGGUCAUCCUCGGCGUCUACCUCAGGCUUCACCUCGAAAAGGGUAUCCAUGGCAAGAUCAGGAGAUAUAUUGUCAUCGCUCACGGCGUUGUGGGCAAGCUCCUCCCCGUCGCCGCCUGGACGCAAAUGCUGUUCGGCGGCAUCACUUCGCUGGGAUUCUGCCGCGGCGACCACUUGGGCCAGUGCCUGGCGCAUUUCAUCAUGGGCAGCGCAUUCAUUGGUUAUGGAAUUCUCAUGACCAUUUUGCUGCUGGUCGGGCAGGUGUGGUUGAAGCGCUCCGGAAGGAGCCAGGAAUUCUUCGACUCCUGUAUGAUUGCGGCCUGGGGAUGCGUCAACACUUUCACCGAACACCGCUGGGGAGGUCCCUGGGUCCACAACGACCUCCAGCACACCUCCAUGGGCAUCGUCUGGUGGUGCGCUGGUCUCCUUGGUAUCUGGUUGAGUAGGAGUAGGGACGGCAGGCCCAAGCGGAACUUGAUCCCCGGCAUUGUCAUUCUUCUCACUGGCUUCGCAAUGUCCGCUCACCCGCAGUCGCUGCCUCUUUCCACCAUGGUUCACUCCGUUUUCGGCUACACCCUCAUGGCAGCCGGCCUCACCCGUAUCAUUGAAAUCUCUUUCAUCCUCAAGGACAAGAACGGUGUCUCUGACGACGGCUCUGAGAACAACAGCUGGCAGCACCUUCCUCCUUUCCUUCUUUAUGCCUCCGGCUUCCUCUUCAUGGGCGCAACCGAGGAGCAAAUGGCCCUCCUUUCCGACGCCCACGUUACUCACGUCUCCUACGUCCUCAUUCUCUAUGGCGUUGCCUUCCUCCUCUACCUCUUCGUCAACAUGCUUCUGCACAUUUACGCCACCUGGGCUUGGCCCGAACUCGCCAAGUCGGACCCCGAGAGCGGCCGCGGUCAGCUCAACGGCCACGCCCGUCGCCCGCACUCGAGAUCGGAUGCGCAACGGCUGCGGGAUGCGGAGGAAUUCGAGCUGGAGGGCUUGAUCAGCGACGAGGAGGAUGCGGCGAACCUGGAGGGCAGCACCGAUGCGGAUCCGGAGAGUCCGAGGCAUAAGGAGGGGAGAGUGAGGAUGUGA